CUCGCGAAUCGCCAGCGACAGCAGCAUAGUCAGACCGAUUCUCUCGCAGCGUGAGGAUUCCGUACAUCCAUCAUGCUUGCCAGGCUGCUCAUUCUCGCCGUCUCAUCCCUCCUCCUUCGACCCGCCCUUGCCGUUUUCGCCGAUGAAGCGUGGAACAUCGACUAUCAUUAUGCCCUGCUAGGCGAGCCUCAACAAGACACCACCUUCUUCCACCAGCCCUAUGCCGGGUCUCGCGCCUCCCUCGUAUACACACUCUCCAAUAAGGGCGCGCUCGGUGCCGUGAAUCCAAGAGAUGGAUCACUGAUUUGGCGACAAUUGCUCGCAAGCAAUGGCAGCACAUCCACCUCGACCUUCCUGAGAGCCGGCGAGAAUGCAGAUGUUUUGUUCAGCGGCAUUGCAUCUCAAGCCGCGGCGUGGAGUGCUGGAGAUGGGAGACUUGUGUGGGAGGUCAAUGUCGCGGGCGAUGUGAAAGACGUGGAGAUACUGGAGCUGAGUGAUGGCUCAGCGACAGCAUCCGGCUCGAAAGACGCCCUUGUCCUGUCUGGAAGCGAUUCUCACGCUCUGGUGCAGCGGUUGGAUGGCGCGACGGGGACAGUAAAAUGGCAACACAACUUGGAGAGUGGCGACAUUCCUUACCAAGUCUCCGCAUCAACGACCCAAGUCUUUGCCAUCCUUCUUCACAAGACUAUGCUUGGAUAUUACAAGAUCAAAGUGCUAUCGUUGGAUCCGGUGACCGGACACAAGACGGAUGAGUACACGCUGAGCUCGGAGAAUGAGCUCACCAGCACCGACGGAAUCAUUGCUGUCGGCGCCAACUCCGCAUCCCCCAUCAUCGCGUGGACGGAUGCAACUCAUUCCGUACUGAAGGUCAACAUCAUUGGCACAAAACAAAUUGCCUCCUUCAACAUUGAAAAGUCCGGCGAAGAAGCGGUACAGCAAAUCCAGAUCCACGCACCGCACCACUCCACCGCCCUCGCACACUUCCUCGUCCAUUUCCAGACUGCCACGAGUCAUUGGGCGGAAGUCUUUCACAUCGACCUGAAACGGAAUAAGAUCGAAAAGGCAUACGACCUGCCUAAAUUGAGUGGAAAGGGCGCCUUUGCUACAAGCACCUCCGACGCCAACGUCUACUUUACCCGCGUGACAGAUGGAGAGGUCAUCGCCCUGUCGUCAGCCUCACAUGGCGUUCUGGGUAGAUGGCCUAUUGCCGGCUUCGGGGUCGCUUCAGUGCCUGGCGAAGCCAUCGAACCCAUUCGAGCAGUAUCCGAGUUGUCUAUCAAAGGCGACCUUGUAUCUGCCAUUCGAACUGCCGUGUUACUCUCUACUGGCGACUGGAUACUGCUAAGAGAGGGAACUUCAGUGUGGCAUCGACCGGAAGGGUUAGCGGGAACCUUCUCUGCAGCAUUCUCCGUCCCAGCACCGGUGGAGAGCUUCGUGGAGAAGCUGGAGAAGGAAGCGAGCAUCAAUCCGGUGCAAGCGUACAUCCUUCGAAUUAAGCGCCACAUCGAAGACUUGCAACACCUGCCUGCUGUGAUUGUGACUUUGCCUCAAAGAUUCAUCAGUGGGUUUCUGGGAACCAGUGCCGAUGGCGAUAUCGGAAGCGACUCGUUUGGUUUCCAUAAGAUCAUCGCGUGUGCCACCGAGGGCGGCCGCCUUAUUGCAUUGGAUGCAGGGGCUCCGGACAGGAUUCUAUGGAAUCGCAAGAUUGGAAACGUGGCUUUGACCGAGUCUGCACUGCAGUCCCCGGCGUUGGGUGUUUUCAGCUUGGCAGGAACCCCUGGUAUCGGUCCGCAAUACUUCAACGCGAGCAGUGGAGCGGUGCUGCCCGGGUUACCCUCGACGUCUCUUGCGAAGGAAGCCGCCGAUUCAGACAUUUCUCAAGGCAUCCAGUUCACCCUGGAAAACGGCGGACUGCAGGCGUACGACACGAACGCACGACAGUCAGCAUUGUGGAGUUUCGCACCCAUGCCCAACGAACGCAUCAUUGGGCUAGUCUCUCGACCCGUGAACGACCCCGUUGCCUCUAUCGGCAAAGUAUUGGGAGAUCGAAGGGUGCUCUACAAGUACCUCAAUCCCAACCUCGCCCUUCUCACGACCGCAGACGACAAAGCCAAAAGCGUCAACCUCUACCUUCUCGACACCAUCAGCGGUUCCAUCAUGCAUUCAAGCUCGCAUCAAGGCAUCAAUCUCGACGAUCCAAUUUCCUCCACCAUGUCUGAGAACUGGUUCGCCUACUCUUUCACAUCUGAUGCCUCUCCCCUCGCACCCAAAGGCCACUACCUAGUCGUAGGCGAGAUGUUCGAAUCGCUCGUCCCCAACGACCGUGGCCCCCUCAGCGCCACCACCAACUUCUCCACCCUUGAUCUCAACCCCCAACCCUUCACUCUCGUCCACAGCUACCAGAUACCCGAAAGCCUCUCCCACCUGACCGUCACCCAAACCCGCCAGGGCAUCACAUCCCGCGCCCUCCUCGCCGUCCUCGCCGACUCCCACGCCAUCAUCUCCAUCCCAUACAUGGCUCUCGACCCCCGCCGACCCGUCGACCGCGACGCCACCACCGACGAGCAAAUGGAAGGCCUCUUCCGCUACGCGCCCGUGUUAGAAUUCGACCCGAAAUGGUACCUCAAUCACCGGCGUGAAGUGGCGGGUAUCAAGCAUGUCCUCACCACGCCAGCGCUGAUCGAGAGCACGAGCAUUGUGUUUGCAUAUGGGCUGGAUGUGUUUGGCACACGGCUGAGCCCGAGUUUCAGCUUUGAUAUUCUGGGCAAGGAUUUCAAUAAGUUUCAGAUGUUGGCUACUGUGGCGGCGUUGGCGGUGGCGACUGUGGGUGUGGCGCCUUUGGUGAUGCGCAAGCAGAUCAAUAUGCGCUGGCAAUUUACGUGAUGCAGAGCUGGCGGAAGAGUGAAGUCGAGGCAUGCAUGCAGUCCAUGCGAUAGUGGUCCGGACGAAAGAAAGACUCUAAGCUCCGGCUCUCCCACCUUGCGUGAUGAAGGGCCACCUGAGAUCAAGGAGUUGUUACUACACUCGCAGCAGGCCAUACCAAAUUGGUCGCAUUAGGCAUAGCGUGUACAGGGAAUGCAUCACAAGUCAAUGUCAGCAGGAGUCUGCGUGUUGCAAUCUCCGGCCGCAGUCUAUUCCUAUUCGGACU